GUCAAAGGGACUCCGAAUCGCGCAGGCGCGGUUGUGCCUUGGGGUGCCAAGAUGUCGUUCCCAAAGUAUAAACCGUCGCGCUUCGCCACUCUGCCCCAGACCCUCGACCCAGCCGAAUAUGACAUAUCUCUGGAAACCCGGCGGGCGCAAGUCGAGCGGUUGGCCAUUAGAGCCCGGCUGAAACGAGAGUACCUGCUUCAGUACAACGACCCCAACCGCCGAGGACUCGUCGUAAAUCCUGCCUUGGUUCGUUGGGCCUAUGCAAGAGCAAACGUCUAUCCUAAUUGCAGAGCUACUCCUAAAACCUCACUACUGGGAGCUGUGUUUGGAAUUGGGCCCCUCAUCUUGUGGUAUUAUAUUCUCAAAACUGACAGGGAUAAGAAAGAAAAACUUAUCCGGGAAGGAAAAUUGGAUCGAACAUUUAAUCUCUCAUAUUAAGUCUGGCAAUGGUGACUGCAUGUAUUACCUCAAAUAAAUCAUCUAUUAAUCAUUAA